AGAAAGAGAGUGCAGGAUUCAUAUCAGAACAAGACAGCCUAUAAUUACUACAGAGAAAAGUUAAUAAUGCUCCUCUUACUCUUUGUCACUGUUUGUGGAAGUAGCAUCGGCGUGGAGAGCGUCCCGUUGCCUGACUCUGGUCCACAUUUGGCAAAUGACUGGGGAGAAGCAGUCCGGCUCCGACAUCUGUAUGCAGCCAGACACGGUUUACAUCUGCAAAUAAACCCAGAUGGGGAAAUAAGCGGAUCGUACAUGCAAAGUUCGGACAGUUUGGUUGAGAUACGACCGGUGGAUACGGGCUGUGUUGCCAUUAAAGGUGUUGCAAGCUCCCGAUUUCUCUGCAUGGACAGAAUGAGAAAACUGUAUGGAUCGCACACUUACACUAAGGAGGACUGCUCUUUUUUGGAACGCAUCAUGCCAGAUGGUUACAACAUCUACAUCUCAAGCAAACAUGGAGCCCUUGUGAAUUUGGGUGGUGCAAAAAGCAAGUUGAACAGUAACGAUGGGAAUGCUGCAUCCCAGUUCCUGCCCAUGGUCAACACACUUUCUCAGGAACCUACCAACCACCUUUCAGGGGAGCAGCGUUUUUCUGUUGACCCUGAACAGGACCAUCAGUUGGGCCUUGAAAUAGACAGCAUGGACCCUUUUGGAAAGAUCUCCCAAAUUGUGAUCCAGAGUCCCAGUUUCAACAAAAGAUGAGGACUGAAGAAUCACUUGUGAAUGUUCUAAGGAAACGACCCAGAGGUCAAGAAACAGAAGACGGUAUCAAAUCAGUCCUGCUAUGAACCAGAGCACAGGGCCGGACUUUCAGAAAGAGAAAAUGCUAGAAAGUCCAGUGAAAGUAACCUGCACACUGGACACAGUCACUGGACAAAUGUAGUGUAAUAGACUGGAAACAAAAACAAAAUCACUCCAAAUGUUGAAGAUUUUUGUAAGAUCAACCAUAAUGGUGCAUCACCUGCAGCUUGAAUUUAUUUAUUUUUCCACGUGUCUGUGAUGACCUUGCUUUGUAAUUAUUGUUUAAAACGUUAGUUAAUACAGUAUUUACUAGCCUAAUCUAGACUAGAAUGCACUGUAAAAACAUAUUUUGUUUACCUUUUUUUUUUGUAUUUCAUAAAUAUACAACUAUUUGUUCUUUCUGAAAGAGGACAUCAUGGUUAAAUUACUUUUGAAAUGUAAUAAAUGAUAUGCUAAAUGUGCUUAAAUAGUUUUCUUAAAUGCCUGUGGACAAAAUCUACAGCAAAUCACAACUGAUAAGACAGAAGUGCUUCAUU